AUGGGUGAUCCAACGAGACAGCUUCCCAUCCUUGCCCCUGGCCCACGCGGCGCCAGCGGCGGCGCAGGUGCUGCUUCUGCGUUGCCCACUUCGCGGCCGAAAAAGAAUUCCACAGCAUGCCUAGCUUGUAAGCAGGCUAAACGGAAGUGUAGUGGUCGUCCAUCUCCUUGCAAAGCAUGCGAAGCAGCCGACUCAGAAUGCAUCUUCGACGAAACGCUCGACCUCCGGCGCAAGGUGGCCAUGAAGCGUACCGUAGACGAGCUGCAACGCUUCACUGAGCGACAUCGCAGCUGCGGUUUCGGAAAAUAUUCGUGCAUUACGCAGCAAAACAACACCCGGGUCGGAUUCCUCUUCAGGUUUGGAAGAAGCGGUCUCGAAAGCGGAUCGACUUUCGAGGUCCAUUCUCGCCGCCGGUUCAUGAUGUUGGAGAACCUUUGCGACAUACCUCUUUUCAACGUGCCAGCCAAACCAUGGACCAAUGUCACCGACGACACGCAAUUUGUCUCCCAUUUGGUCUCCCUAUACUUCACAUGGAAUCACCCUUUCGCCCAGUUCAUCGAUCAACAGGUAUUUCUUCGACACAUGGCGUCGGGGAACCUGGAAUCGCAAUUCUGCACCCCUUUCCUUGUCAACAGUCUCCUGGCUGUAGCUAGUGUAUACUGUGAUUUCCCCGAGGCCUUUGCUGUUCCCGGGGAUCAGAGCUCUCGUGGCCAACACUUUUACGCUGAAGCAGAAAGACUAUGGAAGGCGGAAGAAGGGAAGGCCACCCUGCCCAACGUACAGGGGCUUUUGUUAAUGGUUCUUGUGCAAAUCACCAUUUGUCGCCGGAGUGUCGCAGACUUCAGGCUUCCAGCUACUAAACCGUUUAUGAGGAACGAUCUAGAAGACGGUAUCAUGUGGACUCCCUAUCCGCGUUCGAACCGGAUGGACUAUGCCAGGAAGCCUGCGCUUUUGCGAUACAUUAUGGUCGAGAUGGUUGACUUGACGGAAAUUCUGGUGGAGAUUCAGGACUUGCUGUUUAAUAGAGCCCCGGGAUGGGAGCAGAUGAUCUCUGGGAACACACCAACGCCCUUCAUAAUCGGUUGCUGCAAUGUGCCCUCCCCUCACGCUGAACAUGCCCAAAAGAUUCGUCUCCACUCGGCCAGAGAGAUUGCCAGGUAUUCGCGCAUUCAGCGACAAACAUACGGUCUGAACCAUGUGCCCUGCGACAUGUUACAGUCCACGUCGGCAGCUCUCUUCGUGCUGCUGGACAGUUUGAGCAGCACCGAGUCCCAGACAGCAUUUGUUGAGCUCAGUCGACUUCCUGCAGCUUUGAGCAAGCGGUUGAAGCUCAGCAAAAGUAUCCUCUGUGUGCUGGAGAGGACAGCCCAGCAGUCCAGUAUCAGCCUUCCGUCGGAUGUGUUGACCAUUUUCAAAGACCUUGAAAAAGACACAUCGCAUGACGCUCUAUAG